ACAGCUGAAACGCAGCAGCUCGGCAGCGCACCGGGAAGAAAACUCCUCAGCGAAAGACCACACGCCCCGCGAAAUGGUCCCAGCUUCCUGAGCCAGCGGGAGGAGGAGGAGGAGGAAGAAGAACUUUUCUUUAGCCGGACGACGUGGAUGGAAAUCACCCGGGAGGACGGCUUCCUCUCCUCCGCCGUGGUACCCUGAACUCAGACUACAAAGGGACGAGAGGUCCGGCCGCUCGGGGGAAAUGGAAACAUUCUUUUGCGAGGGGGCCCGCGUCUGGCUGAUGCACAAAGAACAGCUCCUCCCCUCCACCGUCAGUUCCAGUGACCAUUCGUCCUUGGUCCUCACCACCGACUAUGGGAAGGCGAUCUACCUGCAGACGGCCGAGCUGAACCGGGAGACGCUUUACCCGAUGCACCCCAGCAGCAUCCAUGGAGUGGAGGACAUGUCCACGCUGGCCGAGCUGCACGAAGCUGCCAUCAUGCACAACCUCUUCCUGCGCUACAGUAAAGACGACAUCUACACCAACAUCGGCUCCAUCCUGGCCGCCGUGAACCCCUACAAGCCGAUAGCGGGCCUGUAUGACGCCGACGCCGUCGACCUGUACAGCAAACACCAGAUGGGGGAGCUUCCUCCUCACAUCUUCGCCGUGGCCAACGAGUGUUACCGCUGUCUGUGGAAGAGACACGACAGCCAGUGCGUCCUCAUCAGCGGGGAGAGCGGCGCCGGGAAGACGGAGAGCACUAAGCUGCUGCUGAAGUUUCUCUCGGUGAUGAGUCAAAACUCGGCUGGCGCUCCGCUGACGGAGAGGACCACCAGGGUGGAGCAGGCGCUCGUCCAGAGCAGUCCCAUCAUGGAGGCCUUCGGCAACGCUAAGACUGUGUACAACAACAACUCCAGUCGCUUUGGCAAGUUCAUCCAGCUUCACUUUUCCCAGAACGGAAACAUUCAGGGAGGCUGCAUCAUCGACUAUUUGCUGGAAAAGAACCGAGUCGUUCGACAAAAUCCCGGAGAGAGAAACUACCAUAUUUUUUAUUCUCUGUUAGCGGGAGCUGACAAAGACCACAGAGACAUGUUCCUCCUGUCGGAGGGUCCCGAGUCGUAUCACUACCUCAGCCAGUCGGGCUGCGUUGAGGAUGGAAGUCUGGAUGACAAGCAGCUCUUUGACAGUGUGAUGGCGGCCCUGAGUGUGAUGGAGUUCACUGAGGAGGAGAUUAGAGACGUGUUUAAGUUGCUGUCGGCUGUCCUCCAGAUGGGGAACAUUGAAUUCAUGACUGCUGGUGGAGCUCAGAUCACUUCCAAAGGAGUUGUCAGCAACGUCAGCGAGCUGCUCGGCCUGGACUCCUUCCAGCUCUCGGAGGUGUUGACCCAGCGCUCCAUGAUCCUCAGAGGAGAGGAGAUUUGCUCACCGCUCACCGUGGAGCAGGCAGUGGACUCGCGGGACUCUGUUGCCAUGGCACUUUAUUCUCAGUGUUUCUCCUGGAUCAUAAUGAGGAUCAACCAAAAGAUCAAAGGCAAAGAUAACUUCAAGUCCAUCGGCAUCCUGGACAUCUUUGGCUUUGAGAACUUUGAGGUGAACCGGUUUGAGCAGUUUAACAUCAACUACGCCAACGAGAAACUCCAGGAGUAUUUCAACAAGCACAUCUUCUCGCUGGAGCAGCUCGAGUACAACAGGGAGGGGAUCCAGUGGGAGGCCAUAGACUGGAUGGAUAACGCGGAGUGUCUGGAUCUCAUAGAAAAGAAGCUGGGCAUGUUGGCUCUUAUCAAUGAAGAGAGUCGCUUCCCCAAAGGCACGGACUACACCCUUCUGGAGAAACUGCACAGCCGACAUGCAACAAACCCGUACUAUGUCAAACCCCGAGUGACCGACCACCAGUUUGGCAUCAAGCACUACGCCGGAGAGGUGCUUUACGAUGUGCGUGGGAUCCUGGAGAAGAACCGAGACACCUUUAGAGACGACAUCUUGUUCAUUCUCAAGGACAGCAGGUUGACUUUCAUCUACGACCUCUUCGAGCGCGUCGGCAGCAGGAACGGCGAUGAGACCUUAAAAAUGGGCACGGCGCGACGCAAGCCCACCGUCAGCUCUCAGUUCAGGGACUCGCUUCAUUCCCUGAUGGCAACACUCAGUUCCUCCAACCCCUUUUUUGUUCGCUGCAUCAAACCAAACAUGGACAAGAAAGCCAACCAGUUUGCUCCUGAUGUGGUCCUCAACCAGCUGAGAUACUCUGGGAUGCUCGAAACUGUGAAGAUCCGCAGGGCUGGAUUCCCAGUCCGUAGAACCUUUCAGGAUUUCUACAGCAGGUACAAGAUUAUCCUGAAUAACAAAAUCCACUCAGGCGAAGAGAAGCAGAGCUGCUCUGAGCUCCUCACACUUCACGACAAAGCCAAGACAGAGUGGCAACUGGGGAAGACAAAGGUGUUCCUGAAGGAGGCCCUGGAGCAAAGGCUGGAGAAGGAGAGGGAGGAGGUGCGGCGCAGGGCCGGCAUGGUGAUCCGCGCCCACAUCCUCAGCUAUGUGGCAAGGAAGCGAUACAAGAGGGUUCAGUCCUGCGUCGUCACAAUCCAGAAGAACUACCGCGCUCACUUUUGGAGACGCGUCUUCCUGCGGCUGCGCUUCGCCGCCGUCGUCCUGCAGAAACACCGCCGAGGCCAGCUGGCCCGAUCCCUCCUCCGCCAACUCAGGGAGGAGAAACAGAAGCGGGAGGAGGAGGAGGAGGAGAGGAGGAGGACGGAAGAGGAAGAGGAGAGGAAGCGAGUAGAGGAGGAGAGGAGGAGGAUGGAGGAGGAGAGGAAACGGCAGGAGGAGGAGAGACGGAGGGAGGAAGAGGAGAGACGGUGGCUUGUGGAAAGGGAGAUGAAGAGGCAGGGUGAAGAGGAGGAGGCGAUGAGGCGAGAGAAACUGAGACUGAUGGAGGACGAAGAGGAAGGGCAGGAAAUGGCAGCUAAAGCAGACGAGCAACGUCACUCCCUGGCAAACGGCGUCUGUCAGAAGAAGGAGCUCUCCCAGUCUCUGUCCCACAGCCACACCUCCGAGGAGGAGAGCCGUCAGAUGGAGGAGAUCCUGCGGCUGGAGAGGGAGAUCGAGCGUCUGCAGAAGCAGCAGGAGGACGGCGUGUCCCUCCUCGGGGACGUCUCCCACGAGGAGCUGCGGCAGAUGAGAGACGCAGAGAUCUACAGGCUGGAGAAGGAAGCUUCCCGGGUGGCCACCGAGUUUCUGGAUCUGCUGGACUUUGGCGGCCUGGAGCCGUCCCUCUCCAGCGAGGAGAACCUCCAUGACCCGGCGGAAUCCACGGCCCCUCUGGCCGAGGAGGAGGUGGACGAGGGCUUCCACGCCGAGGAGGAGUGCGUUCCGUUACCUGACUUCCCGCCUCCGGCCGCAGUUCCUCUGGACAAGGCAGUAUUCCGAAGUAUCCCCCCUCCUCCGCCCGCCUUCGCAGAAGGACUUGUCGUCGUCGCCGCCUCCUCUUCUGCCUCCUCUGCCCCACCGGCAAAGCUCUCCCCACUUACCCCCAACGGACUGAGCCGUGGCCCUGCUCUCACAGACUCCCGGACCUCCAGACCUCCUGCUCUUCCCCCCGCAGUCACGAACGGAGAAAUGGCACCGUGCCACAGAGCCAGCAGGGGGUCGGACUUUGAGCCUGCGAGCGGGGAGGCGCCCCACCCGAACCUGCCGGACGGCGAGUCCGACUACGACCAGGAGGAGUUCGAGGAGGCCCACGGGAGCUCGGGCCACGUCACAGAUGAGGAGGUGCUGCGUAAAUCCUCCUGUACGCAAAACAGCCUGGACUCCUUCCGAGGCAGCUCGGACUCGUUCAUCGACAGCGAUGAGGACAACGACGGCUACGUGGACACGGACGAGGAGGUUUCCAAUGGGAAAGUGAACGUGCUGAACGGCAGCGGGCCUCCGUACUUCCACGGCUACCUCUACAUGAAGAGUGGCCUGAUGAUCCCGUGGCGUCGCCGCUGGUGUGUCCUGAAGGACGAGACCUUCAUGUGGUUUCGGGCCUAGCAGGACUCCGUCAAAUCCGGUUGGCUUUACAAGAAAGGAGGGGGCAUGUCCACCUUGUCUCGGCGCAACUGGAAGAUGCGCUGGUUUGUUUUGCGCGAGUCGAAGCUCAUGUACUUUGACAACGACAGCGAAGAGAAGCUGAAAGGAACCAUCGAUAUCCGCACGGCCAAGGAGAUAGUGGACAAUCAUGAGAAGGAAAAUGCCCUGAAUGUUGUGACUGAGGAGAGGACUUACCACAUCUAUGCAGAGUCUCCAGAAGAUGCCAGUGGUUGGUUCAACGUGCUGAGUCGGGUCCACAGCGCCAGCCAGGAGCAACUCAUGGAGAUGCACCACGAACAGGCCAACCCAAAGAAUGCAGUGGGCACACUAGAUGUGGGCUUGAUAGAUUCUGUUUGUGCAUCCGACAACCCCGACAGACCGAACUCGUUUGUGAUCAUCACGGCCAACCGGGUGAUCCACUGCAACACAAACACACCAGAGGAGAUGCACCACUGGAUCGGCCUGUUGCAGAAAUCCAAGGGAGACUGCAAGGUGGACGGGCAGGAGUUCUUAGUCAGAGGCUGGUUACAUAAAGAGAUGAAGUCGGGAGCCAAAAGCUCUUCUCUCAAGCUGAAGAAGCGCUGGUUCGUUCUCACCACUAACUCCCUGGACUAUUACAAGUCGUCAGAGCGCACCGCCUCCAAGCUGGGAACUCUGGUCCUCAACAGUCUCUGCUCUGUGGUCCAGCCAGACGAGAAGGUCUUCAAGGACACCGGUUACUGGAAUAUAAUCGUCCACGGACGUAAACACUCCUACCGUCUAUACACCAAAAUGCUGAAUGAAGCCAUGCGCUGGGCGAACGCCAUACAGGGAGCGAUAGACAGCAAAGUUCCCAUUGAAACGCCAACACAGCAACUCAUCAGGGACAUCAAGGAGAGCAGUUUGAACGUGGAGGCUGUGGAGCAGACAUACUGGAGGAACCCCAUCUUGAGAUAUACCCAGCAUCCUUUGCACUCCCCUCUUCUACCUCUGCCCUAUGGAGAUGUCCGCAUCCUUCUGCAAAAGGAAAAGGGUUAUACCAGCCUGCAGGAUGAAGCGGUGAAGAUUUUCAACUCACUGCAGGAGAUGGAAGCUGUGUCGGACCCGGUCCCGAUCAUCCAGGGAAUCCUACAGACCUGUCAAGACUUGAGGCCAUUAAGGGACGAGGUUUACUGUCAGCUGAUCAAACAAACCAAUCACGUCCCGCACCCAAACAGUCCUGCCAAUCGCGCCCACUGGCAUCUCCUGGCCUGCAUGUGCUGCACCUUCCUGCCCAGCCGAGGCAUCCUGCGCUACCUCAAGUUUCACAUCAAAAGGAUCAAGGAGCUGUUUCCGGGCACCGAGAUUGAAAUGUUCGCCCAUUUCAUCGGGGAGUCUGUGAAGAAGACCAAGAACAGAGAGUUUGUUCCCUCUCAAGAGGAAAUCAUGGCACUGCUCACCAGACAGGAAAUGACCACCACGGUGUACUGCCACGGAGGAGGCUCCUGCAAGAUCUCCAUUAACUCACACACCACCGCUGGAGAGGUGGUGGAGAAGCUAAUCCGAGGUCUGGCUAUGGAGGACAGCAGGAACAUGUUUGCACUCUUUGAACACAACGACACCAUCGACAGAGCUGUAGAAAGCAGGGUUCUUGUGGCUGAUGUUUUGGCUAAAUUUGAAAGACAUGCUGGCAGUGAGGAUGCUGAGGAUGAAGGCCAAUGGAAACUCUAUUUUAAACUCUACUGCUUCCUGGAUGUGGAGAGCAUGCUUAAAGAGGGAGUAGAGUUUGCAUUCAUGUUCGAGCAGGCCCACGAGAGUUUGACCCGGGGCCACUUCCCCGCCCGCGAGGAGACCCUGCAGCACUUGGCCGCCCUACGCCUGCAGUUUCUGUUUGGCGACAAAGCGAAGGUCGCCUGGAGCCUGGAAAGCGUCUAUCCCGUGGGACGUCUGCGCAGUCGCAUCCUUCAGUUCACCAAGGUGGGCGGGGCCUCGGGGUCGGGCCAGACGCUGGAGCGUCGGAGGACGAGCUUCCUGGACGGGACCCUGCGGCGGGGGUUGAAGACGGGCUCGAUGAAGAAGCAGCGCAUGGAGGAGGAGCAGAUGCUGGAGAUGUGGAUAAAGGAGGAGAUGUCUUCCACCAGGGCCAGCAUCGUGGAGAAAUGGUCCCGCCUCAGUGGUCUGGACCAACACCAGGCCAUGCUCAGAUACAUGACCGUCAUCAAGGAGUGGCCUGGAUAUGGAUCCACGCUGUUCGACGUGGAGUGCAAAGAAGGCGGCUUCCCUCACGAUCUAUGGUUGAGCGUGAGCGCUGAAAAUGUGUCCGUCUACAAGAGAGGGGAGCCCAAGCCUCUGGAGACCUUCCCAUAUGAGCACAUCAUUUUCUUUGGCGCUCCGCAGCCCUGCACCUACAAGAUCACUGUGGACGAGAGAGAGAUGCUCUUUGAAACGCCGCAGGUUGGAGAGAUCACGAAGAUUAUGAAAGCCUACAUAAACAUGAUCGUGAAGAAGCGCUGCAGCGUCAAGUCCGUGUCCAGCUAUGGAACCAACUGGAUCCGGUGAUUGACUUACAGGACUACAGCAGACCAGACAGAUAACAAGCAAGAGUGGGGAGGAGAUGAAUAAAUGGCAAAAUGAACAAAUCACCUCCACAGAGAUAGUUUUUCAUAGCAUUUAACUGGCUACUUAGCAACGCAGAUAAACUCCAUUCAGAAAGAUUCCUUUCAAUAAAGACACAAGGAAAUGGAUCUACUGCUUUGGAUAAAAGUGGGAAUUAAGCAUUUGAACCGUUUUAAGCUUCACAGUCGUCCAAAUUGUUGCUGCUCUCCAUGCAGAUUCAUUACUCACACUGCUUGUAUGUCACAUCUUACUUGAAAUCUAUUUUUCUCAUAUUUUUGUGGAUUUCUUUAGCUAAAUACCCAAGAAAAUUAGACGCUGUCCCGAAUUUUAUUCAGACAUUUAUUGAAUAUCUGAAUUAGGACUUUUUUAUUUCUAAAAAUGUAUAUUUUCUCUAAACAUGCACCCAAACUAGAAAUAUGAUAUUGUGACAGUGACAACCAAACCAGUUGUCAUCUUUUGUCACCAAGUGUUUCUCCUGCAGAUGUUGUGCCCCGUAAUGAAUGUUCUCCUUCAUGGAGAUUCCCUCAGGUUUCUGUGUAAUAUACUGCAACUGUCCAAGGGAGAUACACCUCCUCUUGCCUUAUUUAAGAUUUUUAUUUGAGAUAUUCUGGAUUAAAAUAUUAAGUGUGUAUGCCUUCCAGGGAUGGUUCAUACAUUUGGAGGUGUUGAGUAUAUUGGUCAGUGGUAAUCAUGGCCUCCACUGGUGUAUUUGCUACACACGUGUUUCCCUACCUUUUAAAAAAGAAAAUUCAACAUGAAUAACCACUGCAUCAGUGGAGAUGCAUUGUCAAUGACCAACGCAGUCAAGUAUUUCCUCAAAAUGCAUGAUUACUAAAAAUCAAUCCAACCAGAAUAUAGUUCUCUUCUAAAACAAACUUUUCGUUGAGCUGUGUCAUCUAGAACGUGUAUUGUGACUUGAGUGUGUGCAGCUCAAACUGAUGUGCAAGGUUGUGUUUUUAGAAACAAGUGGGAUAGUGUUGUUCAGUGUGUCUGUGUAUAAAGAGUGUGUUUUUCUCAGUGAUGUCAAAGGCCUUGACGGGUGGGGUAUUUAUUCAUUUAAGUAUCAAUGGAUUGGGAAAAAAAAAGUGCUGGAAAAGUAUUGAUGCAGUUGUCCUUAUACUUUGGAUUUUCUAAUAUUCUUUUGCAUUUUUUGACACAUAAAUGUAGAUUCAGAAAGUGUGUUCAUGGAUAACUAUUGAUCUUCUCAAUUUUGUGCCGUUUCUGAGCAUUUGUCAACACAAAAUAAGUGUGUUGCCCUCGACACUGAACUCAUUUCCCUUAGUUGAUGUAAACAAACACAAAGGAUGCCUACGCCAGUUGACUUACAGGCCGUAUAGUUCAUGAUAAGAGUAUGAUCCAAACGUAUUGAGCUUAGCAUUUACCUCACUUCGCAUCACUGUCUUCCAUCGCUCUCCAAUCGUACUCACUUAGGCGAUCUGGUCAGCUGCCGGCGGCCACACCAGAGACUGAUCUUGCCAUUUGACGAUGACUGUAUUUCGGAGAUUUCAGAUUGUUUUGCGGACGGAAAAUCUGAAAAUGUUUUAUAUCAGAAUUUAAAGAUGCUCUAAUAAAUUAUUGUAUUUGAAAAGGUU